UUUUAUGUCAUUCGACUAGCACUUCUCAUAAACCAAACAAAUUCCAAAAUAACUCACACACGCGAGACAUCUGGAAAUUUCAGGUGUUCAGAAUUAAAAUCAUGUUGGAGAUGGAGACGCCAGAAAAAGUGGUGGCCUUUGCAACUCCUCGCCCCCACAAUGACACCAAGCGCUUUCGUCUUCGUGCAGUUAGCCACGAAGCAGAAAUUUACCAUCGCUACUUUAACUCUUCUUUCGCCAGGAAACUAUCAUGGGUCCAAAUUAUGUUGGGGGCAGUUGUAUCUAUGGUCCAGGUGACCAUGUCCACAACUCUCCAGGUUAAACAUGGCACUACAAGCUCAGCUUUUGAGAACAUUAGCCUGGUCACUUGGUUUAGCUUUUUUAUCCAUGGCAGCGCAUCCUUGACCACGUUAUGGGCAUCUAAAAGAUCGUCCUACGCCAAACUGCAUACUGGAAUGGCUCUCAAUAUUAUUGGGAUUUGCACCCUUUGUGGAAUAUUGUAUUUGCUGAGAAACAUUCAGCAUCCAACCUUGGUUCAUGUGGACUUGAAAGAAUUAGUGCACACAGUUUCUACAGAAUUUCCCAGGCAUAUUAAUGAACUUGAAAAUUUGACUCAUUCUCAUCCCAGUGCUCACAUCAUUGGCUCAAAUGUAUUGUCAUCAUUGGUUAUGCUGCAGAUUUUCGUUUCUAUUUUUAUGACGUUUAUGACUGGGAGAGCCAUUUGCUGUGGGAGAAGUCACCUGGAGGGAAAAUUUCUAGAAAUGGAAGCAGUCAACAAGGACAAAGAGAACACUGAUGCAAUUGUUAAUUUUCGCAUGAGCAGAAGGGAUUCUUCGGUUUCUUCUUCGCCAAAUCAUUCCCCUCCGCCGUACGUCCCCAGUCCACAAUUUUGCGGAUUGCAUGAGACGAAAGAAUUGUAAUAUAUAAACGGUAUUGUCAUGAUUAAACUGCGUGGCAACUAUUAAACAAAUUCAAUGAUACACGGCAAACAAGUAACAUUUAUUACCCUUGGUAUAAACACAUGCACAAUGGUUGACGGGACAAAAUAAACUUUACUAAAGCUGCGUGA